AUGUUGACAUCGCUGCCUGUGGAACUCAUUCUCAAGGUCUUUGCUUUACUGGACUGGAGAACGAUAUUGGUUUGCCGGGAGGUGUUCUUCCGUUCAAUACUAGAAGGAGAAAGAGCUCAAUAUGAUAUCGAGCUUGCUGUGUCUGGGAUGGUGGACGGCCCUCCAAGCCCAUUCACUACCUCAGAUCGGCUUGCACUUCUCAAGGAACGUAAUGCUGCAUGGGGGUCUCUGAGAUGGGUAGAAUCACAGGACAUACCGAUGAUGCAGGGACACAUCUGGGAGUUAUAUGGUGACGUGUUUGCGCAAUCUAGCACGCCAAAUGUCCUUCACUUCCGUCAGCUGCCAUCAAGGUAUAGAAAAAUCGAAGAAAAAACUUGGCGUGUGGCGCUGGACAUACAUGUUCGAGACUUUACCAUGGAUCCUGCACAAGAUCUUCUAGUGCUUAUCGAGGAGCCCGCCUCGCUCCCUAAUACUGGCAACGUCACUACCCGUAGCAUUCGGGUCCAUUUACGUUCCCUCAUCACAGGAGACAGGCACAGACUAGCGCCCCAACCAGCCAUUCUUGUUCAUGACCUCGAUGCGCAGAACGUUCGAGUAGCGUACACAUUACAAGUGUGCGAUAAUCUUUUGGGUAUCUUACUCACACACCCCGAACUUGACGCAGACCCUGAAAUUACCAUAUGGGACUGGACAACGGGCCAAGUGAUUUUGGCAUGUUUUAGUUCCGAGAUUGCGACAUUCGCGUUCCUCAGCAGUCGCUUCUUGUUAGUAGGCAGCGUCUUUGAUCCUGAAGCUAUAAACAUACAGGCCCGCCUCUACGUGUUUGAUAUGACCCAGCCAUCUAGCAAAAAGUUUGGCCUUGAGGCAAACUAUUUUUGCGCAUUUCUGUGGCCCGAAUUUGAUUCCUGGACCAACCCGUUGACCUUUUCAAUCCGCUCUGAUCCGUCGCCUGCCUGGCAGCCUAAUCCAGAGGCUCGGCCACCCUUCUCAACGGCACCUGGGGACAGGCUCUUCAUCAUGACAGUCUCCUUGGAGAAUAAUGGCCGUAUCGCCUCUUACGAUAUGUUCGUUUCAGCCAACACUUUGCUAUCCCAUAUCGAGGCCCUUUCUACAGAGGUCCACUCCCAUGAAAUCAAGUGGGAUGAAUGGGGCCCCACAGGCACGCGCUUGAUGCAGUCUCUGUCACAGCCUUCUCCCUGGGUGUGCUACGUAUUCGGGACCAAAUUCGUGUCUCUUGUUGAGCGGACCCACACGUCUCCGCAGACUUUGGAGAUGCGGGACUUCAACCAACUCGCAAUGAAGCGAGAUGCCAAAGUUCAAGGUGGCAUUAGCCAUCAUGUACAUGAUACGACGGUGAUUCGCAAGGUGUUUGCGAACGAAAUCCACACAAGUCUACCCUACCGGGUUGUCAAGUGCACGCUACCUCCAUGUUCUUCUCCAGAACCAUUUUUCGCUGCUGCCAUGUGCAGCGAAGACAGCCUCAUUUUGGUAGAUUCUAGUUAUCGGCAUCUUCGCAUUCUUACUUUUUGA